AUGCGACAUACUAUGGGUAAUACGCCACAUUUAUUAACGACUGCGAGGAUCAUUAUGGCAUUUGAUUUGGAAUUGUGGUACUUACGAUCUUUGAAAUUUAUGAUUUCACACAACUAUCUUGGACCUAAACUUUUGAUGAUUAAAGCUAUGAUACGAGAUUUAGCUUCUUUCUUAUAUAUCAUAUUUGUAUUUAUUACUGCCUAUGGUGUUGUUUCGCGCGCUAUGAUCAUGCAUAACAAAGUCGAUUUUAAUAUUUAUGGCAUAUUUAGUCAAAUAUUUUAUCCUCCCUAUUCAUUUUUAUUUGGUGGUAGUGAUAAAGUUCUUGAGGGCAAGUAG